AUGGGUCCAGGAUCUCCAUUAGAUUAUCCUGAAUUAAGAAUUAAUAAUCUUGCAGCAUUAAAUGAUAAUCCAUUUUAUAAUCAAGAUGAUAAUCAAGUUGAACCAAAUGUCGAAGAACCUCCAACUCAAUACAUGACUAUACAUUCUUUGAAAUGUAGUGGAAGCCAAGGAUAUAGAUAUUGUAAUAAAUGUUCAGUAUGGAAACCUGAUCGUAGUCAUCAUUGUUCAUCUUCAGGAAAAUGUAUAUUAAAAAUGGAUCAUUAUUGCCCUUGGUUUUCAACUUGUAUUGGAUAUUUUAAUUAUAAAUUCUUUGUUCAAUUUUUGGUCUAUGUGGCCAUAUAUUGUGGAUUUGUAUUUGCUGUUAGUUUUGCAAUUGUUUAUAAUUUUAUAUUUGAAGAGAAAUAUCAAGAACAAUUCCUUUCAAUCAAUUUGAUUAUCCUUUGUGUAUUAGGGAUUGCAAUGGGUUUAUCCGUGGGAGUAUUCGCGGGAUUCCUGAUUUAUUUAACUUUGAAUAAUUUGACUACAAUUGAAUUUCAAGAAAGAAGAUGGAAUUAUCAUGGUAUAAAUGAUAGUUUUACAUAUUCAUUUGAUCAAACUGGUAAUACUAAAAAAGUAACAAAUAUUUAUGACUUGGGAAUAGUUGAAAAUUGGAAACUGGUAAUGGGACCAAAUUUAUUAACUUGGUUAUUACCUAUAAAUGUAACUAAUAAAUCAUUGCUAAGUAAAGAGUUUAAUAAUGGAGUUAAUUUUAGAGUUAAUGAAGAAUCUUAUGCUAGAUGGUGUCAAAAUGCUGAAUUACAAGAGCAAUUAAAUCAACAAUUACGAGAUUAUAAGAAUAGAUUAAGAAGAGAUCGUACCCAGUAA